GCCCGCUGGAUCCUCCACUGACCUGCUGUUCUUUCCUGCUUUCCUCUUGCGUUUUUUUUUUUUUUUUCCACAUUUAGAUUAAAAACAAAGCUCUCACUCUCUCCUCCCUACCCCAAACCUCCUCCUCCUCCUCCUCCUUCCUCUCCUUAUUUCUGCUGCAGCAGUCAAGGCUUUAGUGUGUCAGAGAGACAGGGUGAAGAGGAGGGAAAAAUAAGAGAAGGGGACUAUUUGGUUCAGCUGAGUGUUUAUGUUUGUAUGUUUUGCCAUUGGACUGCUGGGUGAAAGGGCACAAGGACAAGCCACAAGAAGAGAGGGAAGGGGAGGAGAAGUAUAAGAGAAGAGCUUGCAUAGACUGAAUUCUCUCUCUCAUGUCAGAGCGUGUGGACCUGAUCACAAGCUGAGAGAAAAGGGGGACAGACACUGUAAGGCAGACGAGGAGGAGAGGAAGAGGAGGAGAAACUGUGACUUGGGUUUCACGAGGGGAAGGCGAAGGAGGAAGAAGGAGGCAAAGUCUGGCGCUCCGUUUUAUCAUGACCCCGUUGGAUGAACGAGCCGACGGAGCGAGGGUUCUUCUGCUGAGUGUCAGUGGGAAUUUGCGUUAGAAGAUAAGGACAGAGAGCAACAAGGACGAGAUAACCCAGCGAAGGAGCAGAGACAGUCCUCCCUGAGUGUUUGAGAGUCUGGGUUUGUGUGUGACUGCGAGUGGGUUGGUGUAACCAGGUGGAGGGCAGAGGACUGGAGGGCCAGGGGAGUAACCUGGCCAUCAAACGGACUGGAAGCCUCUCCUCUCCUGGGAUCAUGUACCCUCAGGGCAGGCAUCCGGUCCCCUUGCAGCCUGGCCAGUCUUUCAAGUUCACAGUCCUGGAAACUCUGGACAGAAUCAAGGAGGAAUUCCAGUUCCUCCAGGCUCAGUAUCACAGCCUGAAGCUGGAAUGUGAGAAGCUGGCCAGUGAGAAGACGGAGAUGCAGAGGCACUACAUCAUGUACUACGAAAUGUCCUACGGUCUCAACAUUGAGAUGCACAAACAGGCAGAAAUCGUCAAGCGUCUCAGUGCCAUCUGUGCUCAGAUCAUCCCUUUCCUCUCUCAGGAGCACCAGCAGCAGGUGGUCCAAGCAGUGGAGAGGGCGAAGCAGGUCACCAUGGCUGAACUAAACGCCAUUAUUGGGCAGCAGCAGCUCCAGCACCUGUCUCACCACGCCCCCGGCAUCCCUCUGACACCGCACCCAUCAGGCUUGUCCCUCGGUGCGGGGAGCUCCGGGCUUUUGGCUUUGACCGGCGCUCUGGGGGUCUCCGCCCACCUCGCCUCCAAAGACGAGCGAAACCAUCUUGAUCCAGAACACCUUCGAGAGGGAGCCCCCAGCAGGAGUAAGUCGGUGUCGUCAACAGACAGCCAGCCCACUGAGGAGCGCCAAGGACCCUCAGGAGGAUACUCUGCCUUGCAGGGAGGGGCUGAGGCCAAGAGGAGGCGCUGUGAUGAUAAAGAGCCCCUCCCUCCCCACUCCUAUGACAGUGAUGGAGACAAAAGCGAAGACAAUCUUGUGGUGGACGUCUCCAAUGAGGAGGCCAACUCUCCCACCGGCAGCCCGCCUCACUCCCCCCAUGGGAACGGACUGGACCGGGCGCCGACUCUGAGGAAAGAGCUGCCUGGUUCAUCGAGUGCAGGAGAGGCGCCUUCCACACCAAACCCCCGCAGCCCAACCCCAGGGAAGGCCAAGGACCCUGCACAGAUGGACAAGUCCCAGUCUCCACUGUCCAAGUCUGGCACUCCGUCCCCAUCCCAUCGUGAGGCUCUGACCCCGGGAUCAACCGGAGCGCCUGGAGCUCCAGGCCCCAGCACCUCCUGCCUUCGUCUGGUCAGCAAAGCUGCAACAAGUGCAGACCCACUUGCUCUCCGCAGCCCCAUGUCUGUGCCCCCCGGUUCAUACCCGGCUCAUUUUGGCGUGGUGUCCCACGCAGGGCUGAACGGGGAGCUGGCCAGCCCGGGGGGAUUCGGAGGAGCUCUGACUCUCUCUCCACAGAUCAGCGCCGCAGCCAGCGCCUACUCCCGCAGCCCCAUGGUGGCGUACGACUCUCGGUCUCACCUAAGGGCUCCUGGCCUGUCCUCCUCUCUCCCUGGUUCCUCUGGUGGAAAACCCGCCUACUCGUUCCAUGUGAGCGCCGACGGCCAGAUGCAGCCGGUGCCGUUCCCACCCGACGCCCUGCUGGGCCCGGGCAUCCCGCGUCAUGCCCGUCAGAUCCACACGCUGAGCCACGGGGAGGUGGUGUGCGCCGUCACAAUCAGCACCUCCACACGCCACGUCUACACCGGGGGCAAAGGCUGCGUCAAGGUGUGGGACAUCAGCCAGCCGGGAAGCAAGAGCCCCAUGGCCCAGCUGGACUGUCUGAACAGAGAUAACUACAUCCGUUCCUGUAAAAUCCUCCCUGACGGUCGGACCCUGAUCGUUGGAGGCGAGGCCAGCACGCUGUCCAUCUGGGAUCUGGCCACGCCGACUCCCCGCAUCAAGGCGGAGCUGACGUCGUCCGCCCCGGCCUGCUACGCCCUGGCCAUCUCCCCCGACAACAAGGUCUGCUUCUCCUGCUGCAGCGACGGCAACAUCGUCGUCUGGGACCUGCACAACCAGACGCUGGUCAGGCAGUUCCAGGGCCACACGGACGGAGCGAGCUGCAUCGACAUCUCCAAUGAUGGCACCAAGCUCUGGACAGGAGGGCUGGACAACACGGUCCGCUGCUGGGACCUGAGAGAGGGCCGGCAGCUGCAGCAGCACGACUUCACCUCACAGAUCUUCUCCCUGGGUUACUGUCCCACAGGCGAGUGGUUGGCUGUGGGGAUGGAGAGCAGCAACGUGGAAGUGCUGCAUGUCUCCAAACCCGACAAGUACCAGCUGCACCUCCACGAGAGCUGCGUUCUCUCCCUCAAGUUCGCAUACUGCGGAAAGUGGUUUGUCAGCACAGGAAAAGACAAUCUGUUGAACGCAUGGAGGACACCAUAUGGAGCGAGCAUUUUCCAGUCCAAGGAGUCCUCGUCUGUGCUGAGCUGCGACGUCUCCCCAGAUGACAAGUACAUCGUGACGGGCUCCGGGGACAAGAAGGCCACUGUGUACGAAGUGGUGUAUUAAAGAAUAAGAGGACAGGACGGACAGAGGCUUUUCGUUCUUUCUUUCCUUCUUUCUUUCUAUUUUUAUUUGUUGUUCUUUGUUGUGCAUCGACUCCACUUGAUUCUCAACGCCGCCAAAAACGUCGUCUUCAUCCUCUCGAACCAUCAGCCCUAAGAAACACUUCCCCGCUGCCCUCUCCUCCUCUUCUGCUGUAAUAUAAGCUGCUGCAGUUGUUCCCAGACGUCCCCCUUCCUCCACCUGGUCUAAGCUCGUCGAAUGAGGCACGAUGGCAGAGAGAGCGAGAGGCAGGAUGAGAAACGGCAAGAUAAGGAAGACAAAGGGGAGAGGGCGGUGGAGGGUAAAGAUAAAGUUGUGAGGAGAAAGAGAGGGGGAAAAACGAGUAGAUAGCGCAGAAGGAAGCGACGUUAAACGGGGGGUCGUGGGGUGGGGAGGUGGGGUAAUUAGGGCUGUUUCCUGAUUAAGAGUUCAGUGGAAGGGAGGCCCCCAGAGGAGGCGUGGAGCGGCACGGUGGGAGCGCCAGCCAGGAGCACUGAUACCACACAAUCGAUUCAUUAGCGAGACAGUGGAGGCCUUAAUGAGGCUGACGCUGCAGCUCCAUCCCCCCAGCGAGAGGUGUCAGGAGCCGGGGAACGAUGAUGCGGCGAGAUGCUUCGGAUUUCCACACAAAACCGACAUGAGAAUCCGCUCAAGACGCGCAGAGUACCAACACCCCUCCAACUCCAACUCCCACCACCGAUUGAGGUGAAUGUGAGACGGGGAGGAAAAACACACAACACGCCGAGCACCCAAUUAAACAUCCAUCCCAGCGCCCACCUCCCUCCCCUGUCUUCCUGCCUAAUAUCUAUUUUAUUUUGGUCUGACAAAGGCAGCAGCCUAAUGAGCAGGGGAGUCGAUGGGAUUCUCCCAGUGGCCCGGAGACACAAACAGAGAACAUCAGCCGAUCCGUUGCCUCUAAUUCCUCCGGAUUGUUCUCCUGACAUCCAAGCGCCGCCGCUCGCUCUCAUUUAAAAGCCCAGAUGAAGUAGCAGCACAACCAAGCUCACUGUGAGGCACAACUGGAGGGCAAAUGAACGCCACACGAUCACACCGUCAUCAUCAGCAGCUAACUAAGCAGUGACUAAUCUCAAUUCCUUUCCAAUUGUAUGCAACUAGUUGCUGUUUUUCAUCUCCAUCCCUGCUUACCUGCUCUGAUUAUUAAACCUUGUUAUGUAAGCCGCUGGCUAUCAUUGAAUUAGAAGGUAAACAUUUUGAACAUAAAUCCAAAUGAACGCGCCUCUCGUUUGUCUGUAAACUAAGUGUGAAGUUGGCCAAGUCCACUGACUGAAAACAGAGGGGUCUGCGCUGCUGCAUGUUAUCUGCGCACAGCACACCGUGUCCAGCUAAGAUCACCAAUUAAAACGCCCCAUCUUGCUUGUCUGAUCCUUGGAAAUGCCACAGUGUGAAAAUAAAUUGCCACUUUUUCUUUUUUUUUUCUUCCUCAAGCAGUGGCAUCGCAGGAAGUCUGCAGCUGUGCCCGAGCCAAAAAGCCUGGCACCAAAACGAUCUCCAGGCGUCGCUUUUUAAACUAAUCUGAGCUGCUGCUGAGCAAUGAAGCUGUGUGUGAAACUUUCUGCUUUGUCGCUCAUCAACUGUCGCAUAUUCACUAUUUUUUAAGACUAAAACUUUUUGUUCUGUACGCGCAAAGCUGAUCAAAUUCUGUCAUAUUUAAUAUGUGCAUUAAAGUCACAUUUACGUUUUACACAAAUAGACACCUGCGCCUAAAUCUCAGGUAAUGGGAAGUGUGUUUUUGAUGUUUUCAGUGGAAAAUGCAUUGUAAUCAACAUAAUCUGUCUUCAUAUCACAGACACUGAAGACGAGGACAAACAGCACCCUCCAUGUUUAUUGGCUCUCCUGGUAAAAGUGUAUAAAAAACAUUUAAAAAUGUGCCUUUUAUUGUAGUAUACUAAAAAAUUUUGAAAAAGU